AACGGUCGCUUCCACCUACGUCGUUCACUUCGGCCUUGGUUGAGAGCACAACUCGCUAUAAAGCUUCUAUUGCUGCCACGUGUCCCCCUUCAGAGAUUCUACCAACUCAUAAUCAUAAUCAUCAUGUAAAAGAAAAAUCAAGGUGUGUUUGAAUAAGAAUAACAAAUUUUAUGUAAUCAAUUUCAUUACUAUGGAUCACAUUAAUUCACAUCACUUCAAUUUGUAACACAAAGAAACUCAUAUCAAAAGAAACAAAAACAAUGGCGAAUGGGGGUGACGCUCACCAGCUACGUUAUUGUUUAUGGAACCAUAAGAGAAGCUUUGCUAGUAAAUCAAAGGAAGUCCCUAUUGUGGAUGCUCUUAAUCUUAAACCAAAUACUCUAGGAUCUCUUCUUGCUUGGUCUGCUUCUGCUCAAGACUUGAGAGAUAUGGAUCUUGAGAAAGAGAAAGAAGACGAGGGGUCUCCAAGAGGAGUCUUAGAGGCUUGUGUUAGAGGGUUUGAAUCUAAGCAACCACCUGAAUUGGAAACCAGUUGUUCAAAUUCGAGGGCGCGGUCGCAUUGGGGCAAAUUUUUUAAGUUGUGGAAGAAAAAAUCAGUUAAACGCCUUUCUUCUUUUCAUCCGAUUGGUGUGCCGAAGAUACCAAAGUGGAAGAGUAAAAGCACUAGGGAAAAUUUUGUUAUGAGUAAUGUACACAAUUUAAGGUCUUCUUUGGUGACUUUUAGCCUCUCUGAUCUCAUAAAAGCAACCAAUAAUUUCAGCAAUGAAAAUUUGAUUGGAAGAGGUGGUUUUGCCGAGGUUUACAAGGGUAGGCUCCAAGAUGGACAACUAAUAGCUGUGAAGAAAAUGACUACAGGGACCACAGAGGAGAAAACAGCUGGCUUUCUAUCUGAGCUAGGCAUAAUUGCUCAUGUUGAUCAUCCUAAUACUGCAAAGCUUAUUGGAUGUGGUGUAGAUGGAGAAAUGCACCUUGUCUUUGAACUUUCUACACUUGGAAGUUUAGGAUCUGUUCUUCAUGGUUCAGAUAAAUGCAAAUUGGAUUGGAGUAAAAGGUAUAAAGUUGCUCUUGGAAUAGCCGAUGGUCUUCUUUAUCUGCAUGAGAAUUGUCAAAGGAGAAUAAUUCAUAGAGAUAUUAAGGCAGAGAAUAUUCUGCUCACAGAGGAUUUUGAGCCACAGAUUUGUGAUUUUGGGCUUGCAAAGUGGUUACCAGAACAACUGACUCACCAUAAUGUGUCCACAUUUGAAGGCACAUUUGGGUAUUUUGCUCCUGAGUAUUACAUGCAUGGCAUAGUGGAUGAGAAAACCGAUGUUUAUUCUUUUGGGGUUCUACUUUUGGAGAUCAUAACUGGGCGUAGGGCUUUGGAUCAUAUGAAGAAAAGUGUUGUGAUAUGGGCAAAACCGUUGCUAGAUGCUAAUAAUAUGAAAGACCUUGUUGAUCCUUCUCUUGGUGAUAACUAUGACCAAAGACAAAUGGGAUGUGUUGUUUUGACUGCAUCAAUGUGUGUUGAGCAGUCUCCUAUCCUACGCCCUCGCAUGAAUCAGGUUGUAACACUGCUAAGAGGGGAAGACAGUAUCCUAUCUACAAAAGCAAGCAAAAGAAGGCCUUUCCAAAGAACAUAUUCAGAAGAGAUAUUAGAUGCACAAGAAUACAACUCCACAAAAUAUCUAAGAGAUCUCAAUCGACAUAAGCUGGUUGCCUUGGGUCUUGACUCAUGAGUGCUAAUGACGUCACAUGUAUGGACAAAAAGGAUCUCAUAUUUAAAACCUGUUAUCUGUUUAUAGUUGUAAAAAUAUGAACUGUAUUACCUCAAUUAGAUUUUGAUUGCAAAAUAUAGACUACCUAAAUUUACAUGGAGCAACUUGUAUAGUUGAAUGCUUCAAAAAGAAAACUUGUAUAGUUGAAUGCUUCAAAAAGAAAACUUGUAUAGUUGAAUGCUUCAAAAAGAAAACUUGUAUAGUUGAAUGCUUCAAAAAGAAAACUUGUAUAGUUGGUCAAUUAUUAAUUA